UACUGUGUGAGUUGUGAUUGGUUACAGCUUGUCACAUGUUACAAGGCUGUUGUGAAUAGCCUUGUACCAUGUGACCUCUGUGAUCAUUCACAGAUUUCACAUGUAGUAAGCAAUUAUGUCAGAAGUGACAUCUUGCUUACUACUCUGCAUGUGAUCACUGAUUGGCCAAUCAGUGCGCAAUUGGCGAUUCAGCUGUCAAUCACCAGGUCCCGGCCGGUGAUUCCCCGCUAGCACCCGGCGAUCACCAAGGAACACUGACGGGGAAGAAGUCUGUAUGUAAACAAUACAGAUCUGUCGCCUGUCAGCUCCAGAACACUGCUUUGUA